AUGACACCACUCUCUGAACUUCAACUUGAAGAUGCACCAACAGUUAAAAGAUUCUAUGGUAUUCUAGAGAUGGUAUCAUCCCCACUUGCCAGACCACUUUGCUUCACACUUCGAUCAAAUGGUAACACUAGAAUAACAACUCAAGACCCUUCAUCCAUAGAAUGUAUACGACAACGAGCCGAUCAAGUCAUACUAGACAUUACUUAUAAACUAUGUAAUUUGGAGCGUAAUACUGCUGCUCCAGAUGAUGAUGAUGAUCUUAUAUACGAUAAAGAUAAUACUCAUCCUUCAACAGCAUUGAUUCAAUUACUUUUGAUCAAAUCGCCUAAUGGUACUGAUAAUGACAAGUGUCUGUUUCAUCAUCUAUCAUAUGAAACAAAGAAACAUAUGCACCAACUUGUACUCAAUCAUAUCAAACAAUUAAAGAAAUUUGUAAACUAUGAAAUGGGUUUAAUUCAAUUAAUGCUAUCAAACCAUUAUCAUAGAGGUAAAGAUUUAAAAAGGUCGAUUUUACAGACCGCAUCCCGUAGACUUUCAUUGAGUGAAUGGGAUAGUCCGACUGGCUGUGAAAUUUUCAAGGAGUAUAUUAAAAUGAUAUUCUUGGAUGCCCACAAUGAUGAUUAUUUCAUACCACCACAACUACCUAGUGACCAUAUGAAUGUGAAAAAAUGGAAAAAGGAUCCUCAAGAAAGAGAAAUCAUUACCAAUCAAAUUCGGUCAUUUACAGUGACUCACCAUCAACAAGUAUUAUCCAUUCUAUUCGAACAUUUCAAGCAAUACCUAACACAAACAUCAUGGAAGGAUAAAUUAAUAGUUCUCAAAUUAUUAAAUAUGUUUAAUUACAAUAAUAUGGAUUAUAAAAAAGGAGAGGAUUGUAAAUGGAAAACAUAUUUUAGUAUUGAUUUUUUAAAAACAGUUAUAUCAGAAACAUUAAAAGAGGAUAAUGUACUUGUUCAAUGUGAAUUGGUCGAAUUUAUUAAACAAUUCUGUUCGAUCCCUUACUAUCUUGAUAUGAUUGUCGAUAGUAUAGAGUUUAGAGAUAUUAUCAAAGAAGCUUUUAAUCACAUCAUCAUCAAUCAAGCUUCCCCAUAUCCUCGUUUGUUAUACUUUCUCAUCAAGGCUUGCGAUCCUUGUAAUUAUCGUUUGGGACAACAGAUUAAACGAAUAUUUAAAACUGAACCAUUUUGGCAAGAAUAUAUUGUCAAUCUUAGUUUAAAAGCAUUAUCAACAACAAUCAUUACAUUAUUGGAUCGUUUUAAAAAUGAUAAAGACAUUUUAGAUCAUGUAAUUAGAUUUUUUAAUCAUACUCACCGACUUGGGCUCAAAGAGAUCAAUCAAUUAAUUCAACGAAUAUUAUUUUCAAAACAACAACAAUAUCAACCAGAUCAAAUCAAUCGAUUUGUGAAUGUAUAUCUUAUUGAAUGGAUAUGUAGAGUUGAAAAGAAAUUUUCAAUCUAUUUACCAUCAGUCAUGAAAAGAAUAAUAAUUGAUCAACCAAUCACAAUCGAUUUUUGGAUAGACGGUCUUUUAAGCUUGUACCAACAAUCAAAUGCAGGAGGAAACAUUACAACCGAUCAAAUAUCGCAAAUCAUCGAUUUGAUCGUACAAACAGCGAACCAAAAGGAUCGUGAUUACUAUUCAGAGAUUGGCCAGUUGAUAAAGAUAUUAGUUUCAAUGGACGAUCAAUGGAACACCAUUGCAAUGAUAUCAUCCCGUGUGAUUGAUAUGGUUGUAGAUUGGAUCAAUCAAAAUAUGGAGCUAGGGAACGAAUCAUUUCAUUCAGCUGCUGAGUUGGUCGUAGAUUUCUAUGAUCAAAUCAAUAUUAUACCACCAAGCAUAACAAUAUCACCAACAACAGAAAAGAUAUCAUAUUCUGAAUGGAUUGAUAGAUUGAUAUUGGUGUUUCAUAGUUAUUACCAUAGAGAUAUCAUCAAGAAAUUAAAACAAUUAAAAAAAAAGAAAAUAAAUUAA